UUCACCUUUUUUGGAUGUAGUGUGAACUGUGAAUCUCAUCUCAGAUCCCUAAACCUAAAAAUUCAUUCAUUUAAAAAAAAAAACCUGAGAAACUCUUUCGAUUUAUUAAAAAUAAAUAAAUAAUGGGUUUUGUUGCUAUUUAGGAAAUUUGAAUCGUAGAAGAAAUUAGAAAUUUUGGAGCAGCAGCAGCCAACAAGGAAGGAAGGAAGAGGGUGGUGGUGGAGGGUUGGGUUUGAUUAUUAUUAUAGUAAUAAUAAGAAUGGCAGGAAGAGAAGUAAGGGAAUACACUAAUCUCACUGACCCUAAAGAUAAGAAAUCGUUGGGGAAAGGAGGGAGAGACAAAGUAAUUGAUGAUGAAGACAUCACUUUCCAUCGCAUGGUUGCUAAGAUGCAAGAGGUUGCUGGAGAACGUGGUGGCUACCUUCAUGGCCGAGGCGCACUGGAUAGCGAUGAUUUACUUUAUCUCAAAGAGCAAAUGGAGGCUGAAGAGGAUGCAGAACGCCUCUUACGCCGCACUGAGAAAAGGGCAUUUGCUGCUUUUAAAAUAUCCUUCUUGUGCUCUUUUAUUUGUAAUUUGUUUCCAUAUCGUCUUCUAAUAAACGAAGUCUUGUUCUCCCAGUCCUAGCAUGUGGUUGUUUGUGCUUUGGUUGAUGGCUACCAUCCAUGUAAUCACAUCUUUCAUGACGCUGAUCCAAGUAGCUUCUAAUGUGUAGUUUAUAGGUCAAAAUUUAUUUACUUUGUGAUGGUUAACAACUCAUAAUCUAAAAAACUGAGAAAAAUAUCUGUGUCGGUCAGUUCUCAUUCAUCUUUUAGUUUUUCACAACUUCUUGUCUUUGUGGUUGUUGGAAAAUACAUCUGCUCUGCCUUUUCAAUUUCAUAGUUCUCCUUACUUUUCACAAAUUUAUCCAUCUACUAAUCACUAAUGUUUCCAUUCUAGUUUUUUUUCCCCUUAAAAAAUCAGGUACAAUUGCGUUUUUUAGUGAGUUACUUCAUACACAGAUGCUAAAUUGGUGAACACUAUUUUUUCUUAUGCUGUAAGCAUGCCUUAUCAGUAUUUUCCUGAAAUGCUCUUUAAUUUUUUCCAUUAAUAAAACUCGUACAAUAUUUUUGUCUCAUCUUAUACCUGAACCUCCAACUGUAAUAGCAUAGCGUUACAUUAGCUGAUCUGGAAUGCCCCGUUGAUUUUAAAGGAUCAUUACUUUGGCAUUCCUAUAUUCUAGGUCUAUCUGAUAUCCUAAUGCAAUGCUGUCUUUAUUGCAACCCUUCUCUCUGUUGUUGUUUGUCUUCCCUAACCAAUGAGUACAAAGCUGCAAGUCUGGCAGAUUCUUCACCCGCAUCAGUUCCCUUGUCUUUUCGUGUUGAACCCAAGCCAAAGAGUGGAAUUAGGCAGCAAGACUUGCUGAAAAAGGUGGUUGAAGUUAAACCAAAACGUCCUAAAGUUUCAAACUCGUCUGAUGGGAACUAUUCCUCCCCAAUUUCAAGUGAUCGUGCUUCAGACAAUAAAAUCAAGGUUAACCAUGAAAAGAAAGAGCACAUACCAGCAUCAAGCAAACCAGAAGGCGAGACAAAUGUUAAAAAUGAGGCUGAGGAAAAUCCUGUUAAAAGUUUGCUAGGUUUAGCAUAUGCAAGUUCUGAUGAAGAAGAAGACUAGAAUCGAUAAUAAUGUGCUGAUGCAUUGUUACAGUGCAUUGAAUGUUCUUUUAUUGAUAGUUGUAAUGUUUUCACAAGUACAAAAUUAGGCUCGUUAUCUGACCACUAGUAUCUCGCAGUGAAUUCUAUGUUUUCCAAAGCUAUACUAUACAAUUUUUGUUUUAUGUA